AUGAAUGACGAACAGAACAAUCAUGUAAAAAAGGAUCAAGAGUCUCACCAAGAAUCUAAUGUAGUUGCAAUGUUUGUUGUGCAAUUUGAUGUUCAUAAAGGAAAUAUCCUCGAAUGGCAGUAUCCUCCUGAAUUUGAUUUACAAGGUAUCGAGUAUCAAGCUAUCUGUAGUGGACUACAUCGUAUCGAGUCAGACGUAGUGUAUUUUUCUCGAUCUUCGUAUUACGGAAUAAGCGUGUUUCAGAAUAUGUCAAUUGAUACAUCAAGAGGUGCUUAUAUGAAAGCUGUUGGUCUUGUGGUCAAGCCGACAAAGAGCACCGGAGCAUGUGGGAAUAUUUGGAGGCAUAAGAGCUUUUUGAUGCAAGAACUAAGUCACUUUAUGACCCCAUCUCAAUCUGCAGAGCCAGCACAGUAUGAAAGCUUGAUUGAAUAUUACAAUAGAUACAAAUAUCAAGAACGCCAAGUUGAGUCUGACCCUAUAUAUAUGUCAUGGCUUCAUGAUAAGAGCUUAUUAUACGCAGCAGAGCACAGCGUCAACUAUAAUUUGGCACACAAUAUAGUAUCAGUCAAUCACGAUUUGAUGGAAGCAAGCGAUCUACCAGAGUUUGUAAAGUUGUUUGGUCCUGAUAUAUUCGUCUUGUGGAAGGCUGCACUGUUAAGAAAGCGAAUCAUGUUUAUUGAUGUGCCACCAAUGGAGACAAGUUGUCGCUAUGUUUAUUCCAUGCACUUGAUGGGACAUAUUCCGGACAAGUUUAAAUCUGUCAAGCCAAUCAUAUCCAAAUUUACUGUUGGUGUAAAUGAUAUUCCUGAAUUAGAAAACAGCAGUGAUUGUUAUAUAGCAUGUACACCCGAUACAAUCUUUCAAAUCAAGUCUGACCUGUACGAUCUAAUGAUCACCUUCCCUACACUCCCUUUUUCUCACCCUGUGACUCAGACAGCUUCAGUGCAACAGAUCGCCCUGUCCGAUUUAAGAAGCAAAACUGGAUUAGAGAUAAAGUCAAGUAUUCCAUCAGUGCCGUCUAACCACAACCCUGCAGAUGCGAGACGAUAUCGUAUCUUGCAAAGGCUUGUGGAAAAUCAAUCAUUUGAUCUCGGCUCUAGUUCAUCAUCAUCAUCAUUAUGCGUUGCUGAUUUUUAUUACUGGCUCUAUGAAGUACAGGAUGAACUACAGAAUGAACAAAAAGAAUUGUUUUGUAGAUCCAGCGGUCAAGGCACAGCAAGGGCUAGCAGCCCUUCUUCUAGACGUGAAAGUCAAGAACUAUUAGCGGAUGAAGAGCAGGAUGCAUUAGAGAUAAACCCGAAUGAAAUACUUGAAGUGGUGGCAGCAAGAGCAUCUAGUGAAAUGCUUCGUACAAGUACUGAAUAUCAACAACAGCAGUCUAUCAACAAUACCGUUAUCAAGUAA